GUGCAGGUUACCAUUCUGAAUCCAAAGCCAAGGAAUAUAAACAUGUGUGCAAAAGAGCUUGUCAGAAGGCAAUAGAAAAGCUACAGGCUGGCGCACUUGCAACAGAAGCAGUGACUGCAGCGCUGGUGGAACUUGAGUAUUAACAAAGUACGAAGAGGUUCACUGGAGACUUCUCUGAGCAAUUGCAAAGUUGGCCAACCCACCCCCUCAGUUUCGUGAGAUUCACGAAUACAAAAGUUACUGGCGAUUGGAUGCUUACAUUUCCUCAACAUUUUCAGUAGGGAAAUUCCCGAGCUUAAUUCUCCCCAAAGGUGUACACACACAGUUACACUUCAUGGGAUUGCGUCCAGCCAAGUAUCCAUGUUCUUCUUGUGAAGAGGCAGAGAAAAUCACCUCUCCCAAGAAUUUCCACCUUCUGACCAAGGGAAAUGUGUCCUGAAGAGCUGUACGCAGAUGGGAGGCAACUUGUUUGCUUGUUCUGCUGCUAGAGCAUUGAUUUAAUUAGAAGACAGGCUGUGGGUGGCCAUGUGCAGACAAAGAAGCACCAGACAGAGCCCAGUUAGCCUGGGACAGUAAAAGAUUCUCCUUUCACAAAUGCAGGAAUGGGAUCUAACCUAAAUCUCUUAGGUGAAAUUGAGUGUGAUGCCAGCAUAAUGGAUGGAAAAUCCUUAAAUUUUGGAGCUGUUGGAGCGCUGAGUGGAAUCAAGAACCCAGUCUCAGUUGCGAACAGACUCUUGUGUGAAGGCCAGAAGGGCAAGCUCUCCGCCGGCCGGAUUCCUCCCUGCUUUUUAGUUGGAGAAGGAGCCUACAAAUGGGCAGUAGAUCAUGGAAUACCUCCUUGCCCUCCUAACAUCAUGACCACAAGAUUCAGUUUAGCUGCAUUUAAAAGAAACAAGAGGAAACUAGAGCUGGCAGAAAGGGUGGAAACAGAUUUCAUUCAACUAAAGAAAAGAAGACAAUCAAAUGAAAAGGAGAAUGACUCAGGCACUUUAGACACAGUGGGUGCAGUGGUUGUGGACCACGAAGGUAAUGUGGCUGCUGCUGUCUCCAGUGGAGGCUUGGCCUUGAAACAUCCAGGGAGAGUUGGGCAGGCUGCUCUUUAUGGAUGUGGCUGCUGGGCCGAAAAUACUGGAGCUCACAAUCCCUACUCCACAGCUGUGAGUACCUCAGGAUGUGGGGAGCACCUUGUACGUACCAUACUGGCUAGAGAAUGUUCACAUGCUUUACAAGCUGAAGAUGCACACCAAGCUCUGUUGGAGACUAUGCAAAACAAGUUUAUCAGUUCACCUUUCCUGGCCAGUGAAGACGGGGUACUGGGCGGAGUGAUUGUUCUCCGAUCUUGCAGGUGUCCUGCAGAGUCUGACCCCUCACAAAAUAAGCAGACACUUCUAGUGGAAUUUCUGUGGAGCCAUACGACAGAGAGCAUGUGUGUUGGAUAUAUGUCAGCCCAGGAUGGGAAAGCCAAAACUCACAUCUCACGGCUGCCUCCCGGCGCAGUGGCAGGACAGUCCGUGGCCAUCGAAGGUGGGGUUUGCCGCCUGGAAGCCCAGUGAACUGACUCGUCAGACUGGGCAUGAAGCGUCUGAGAUGCAUUUCUGAACCUGAGCUUUUUGGGGUUUUUAACUGAAUGAAGUCAGAUCUUUUAUCUUCCUUGUUUUAUAAUUCCUGUUGCAGCCUUGUGCGCCGCUCAUGACACUAGUGCUGCUGUAGUUUGUGCUCAGUGACACGUGGGCCCUUGGCAGGUGAGCAGGAUUGUGUGUGUGUGCGCGCGCGCACGCAUAUCCUGGCUACUCCCUUGAUGAAACAGAAAGCCCUCCUAAUUGUGUAACCUAAGACCAGGAAUGAUUAAAUCAUCUUCACAAAAUGUGUGCUUUAACUGUUCACAAGUAAAACCUAAAGUUGCAGAAAACAUUUUGAUUUCAUAAAGAGAAACCAACUAUCGUUGAUAUAAUGUGUCUGAACUAAAGAAUAAAUCUACUUGUUUAAAUGGCUUGACAGUGGUAGUGCUCCAUGUAGUAACAGUAAUAAGUAAUAAAGUGUUUUUAUUUGUUAACCAGUUUAAGUGGAUCCUGUGGGAACUUAAACUGUUAUCCUCAUCCCUCAUAUGGGGCAUUUUUCUUUAACAAAGAAUGGUUUCAGUGAAACAAUCUAGCAGAGAAUUAAGGUCAGAACCUUUUUAAAUAAUAGUCUUAUUGAUAAAGUUUAUACUUCCUUCCUCAAGCUUUUCUAAGCUUAAAUAUUGCAUAUCCUCGAGCUGUAUGUACUAUAUUAUGAAAGAAUAUGUAAAGAGAACAUACAGAAAUGCACAGUCCUUAAUUUGUGUAUGAUGGAAUGUUAUUUACAAUGUAACACUGUAAAUAAGAAAGUGAAAUUUAUGGGAAAAUUCAAUAUUAUGUUUGUUUCUUGUUUAAAUAUAUUUUUAAGAUUAAGGCACAAAAAUAAAAAGCAUAUUACUGGGUAUAGUGUGUGACUCUCUUCUCAGACUAAUAAAUUAUCUUUGA